AUGUCGUUCGGCUUCCGGUCGCUCAUAGACGGCGCCAAGAAGUUCGCAAUCAACGGCGCAAACUCGUCCUCUGCACCGAUCACGGAGCUCUUUGCUAAGGCCGACCCAUCUAUUGACGGCGAUGACUGCAGCCAUGACUGCUCGAGCUGUACCAUCCACUACCCGCGCAACUUCAAGAUCGAUCACGACGACCGGCUCUAUGGCUUCGUCAAGGGCUGGAGCACGCACAUGAUUGUGGCUACCGGAAAGACCGAUUGGGUACGCGAUGUGGCGGACGAAAAGGGCAGUGUCAUGCAAGCUGUCAACGCCGCUUCCAGCCCAACAAACGGGCGCAUGAUGCUCUCGGCCUCCAACAUUCCCACACCCAACCACUCCUCCAACUACGCGGACCCCACCCGCGUCCUCCUCCUACCCGCCUUUGUCGUCGUCGACCAUGUCACCCCGGCUCUCGUUCCCUCCGUACUCAAGAACCUGGUGAACAAGUCGCCCACUAACGCAACGCCCCUCAUCGCCUCGCCGUCGCUCCCGUCCUCGCUGCCCGCGCCCCUCACCUACCACCACAGUCCCCACAGCGUCGUUGUUCUGCUCUGCUCUCAAAAGACCCGCGACGCCCGCUGCGGCCAGUCCGCACCCCUCAUCCGCAAAGAGCUUGAGCGCCACCUGCGGCCCCUCGGUCUGUUUCGCGAUCUCGACGAUGAGCGGCCCGGUGGUGUCGGCAUCUACUUUAUCUCGCACGUUGGUGGCCACAAGUACAGCGCCAACAUGAUGGUGUACCGCCGGCCGGACGCCUUUGGCAUCGAUGCCGUCAAGAGGGGCUCGCUGACCGAUGCGGAGCAGGACGCGCUGCCAGCGCGCAUCAAGGCGGUCACACCAGCGGUUCUGCGGGGCGCGAAGGCGAAAAGCGCCGGUGACGACAGCGAGCCUGUCGCGGAGGAUGAGGCAAACGGGGACGGCGCACUGAACACGUCGGCGGCGGGUGCGUCGCAAUGCAUCUGGCUGGCACGCGUGACGCCCGAGGACUGCGAGAACAUUGUCAAGUACACGAUCCUGCAGGGCAAGGUGGUCAAGCCGGAAAGCCAGCUGCGCGGUGGAUUCGAUCGGGAGAAGGGCUUGCUGAGCUGGUAG